UUUUGUUUGCUUUAUGGCUCUAUCUCUAACACUGACUGCAAUGGGGCAUAUACCAAAGCAAUGCGUGGAGAGUGGCCAAAGUGUACCUUUUGCUGCUGGUGCCGGAGAUACCAACAUUUGUGGUGGUAUUGUUCAGUUGUAUUGGGAAAGGAUUCUGGGACGAAGCUUAGAUUUAAAUGGCCAAGUUCGUCAAAUUGCCCUCAAGGCCAUAGUAAGCUUGUGGGUUGGUGCUGUGAUUAGUAGCUGGUGCAAUUUCAUAACUGUCUUGUAUGUUGGUCAUUUUCUACUAGAGGAGGAUGAUAAGUUUCUAGAUAAGGUUUGAGCUACAGUUCAGGAAGAGGAAUGUCAAGCCCUUGCUGCAUUUGGUGCCUGUUUCCAAUAUUAAUAAUUGUUUGAAGAAGCAUUUUCGAGACCUUUAAAAUGUCGUGAUUUUUGAAUUUAUAUAAUUAUGUUUGGUUGCAGUUAAUUUUACAAGCGUGUUUUCAUUGUUGGUGGAAUCAGACUUGAAUAAUAUGAGAUUUAUGUGCUUUAAGAUAUGAAUGGGAUUUAUUGUUGCUUUAAGAUA